AACGUUGGGAAGAUACAACUUUGGUAUAAAAAAAAAAACUGUUCAGAAACAGGUUUGGUUUUUACUCCAAACCAAGUUGGAAGACAGGUUCACUUUAAUUGUAGUCAGCUUAUGUGUUAUUUAAUACUUAUUUGAUGAGUAUUAUGCUUGCUGUGGAUUUUAUUUGUCCAUUGAGUUUUAUUAGAUGCCAGAAAGCUAAACUGAUGGUUGAUUUAGCUCUCAGUUGAACUGUGGUGGACUUUUUGAAGUGAAUGUGUUGUUUUGGAAACUGGUGGAUUCUACAUUAAGUGUUUAGAAUACCAGUCCAAGUUGUUUAGGAGAAUAUUGAUAUACUGCUCUAAUAGUUAAAUGAUGGCUGCUUUUCCCACUUCCUUCACAGAUUUAGAAGUCAGAUUGUAAAUAUGAGACCUUGUCUUCCCUCGAGGAAACAGAUUUGGGUUUUGUGUACUGUAGCAGAACCUAAAGUGGUGCCUCAAGGAGUGUAUUUAUUUCUUUUAGAUACCCCAUGUUACCCCAUCACCAGAGGAGUCUGGGCAGAGACUGGACUACACCGUGGGAGAAUCUGCAAAGGUGUUGCUGGAACAGACAUAUUUCUAGUUGUAUGAGGUGGCCUGGACAUUAUUCUCGUGCUCCUUACCCCUACUUCAGUAGUAGGCAUUUCUCAUUAAAUUGGAGACCACCUUGUUUGUUUGAGUCUAGAACUCAGUUUCAGUACUGGAAUUGGAGACCUGACAGCCUGAGCCAGACAUCUUUGAUUCAUCUCUCUAGUUCCAUCAUGAACUCUGAGGGAGAUGAGCCUUCAUCAAAACGAAGAAAACACCAAGGUAUUGUGAAUAAGGAAAAUGCUCUUCGUUAAGCCAUAUUUGUGACUUCCGAUAUUUCACUAAUACUUUUCAAUCAAGAGAACAGCAUUGCUAACUUGCCUAUCACUUUAAAGUGGUAUUUGAAGGAUUUGUGUGACACAAUUAAGACUUUUUAAUUAGGCACCCUAAAAACCUGAUCAGGCCUAGUGCUUACUUUCUUUGAUUCAUCUGUCUUCUCUGCUGUGAUCACCUUGUUCCUCCUGACAUGGAAGGGUACAUGAUGUCUUUGCAGAAUAUAAAUCAUCACACAUUCCUGGUUGCUGCAUGCUAGGCACCAUCAAACGGCAUUGGGAAUAUAUAUGUAACCAUAAUAAAGAAAAUAUGAAGAUUCUAGGAGACAAAAAUGUUGACCCCAUAUGUGAAGACAGUGAGAACAAGUUUGACUUUACAGUGAUGUCCUAUAAUAUACUUUCACAAAAUUUAUUGGAAGAUAAUUCACACCUCUAUAGACACUGCCGGCGACCAGUGUUACACUGGAGUUUUAGGUUUCCCAAUAUUCUGAAAGAAAUUAAAAACUUUGAUGCAGAUGUACUUUGUUUGCAAGAAGUUCAAGCAGAUCAUUAUGGAACAGAGAUCAGGCCAAGUUUGGAAUCGUUGGGUUAUCACUGUGAGUACAAGAUUCGUACGGGAAGGAAACCGGAUGGCUGUGCCAUUUGCUUCAAACAUUCCAAAUUUUCACUUUUAUCAGUGAACCCAGUGGAAUUCUACCGCCCUGAUGUUCCUCUGUUGGACAGAGACAAUGUUGGAUUAGUGUUACUCUUGCAGCCCAAAAUUCCAAGUGGUGCCUCUCCUGCAAUCUGUGUAGCUAACACACAUCUGUUGUAUAACCCAAGGCGAGGUGACAUUAAGCUGACCCAAUUGGCAAUGCUUCUGGCAGAGAUUUCCAGUGUUGCCCAUCAGAAAGAUGGCAGCUUCUACCCUAUUGUUAUGUGUGGGGACUUUAAUUCUGUUCCUGGUUCUCCGCUCUAUAGUUUCAUAAAGGACGGAAAAUUGAAUUAUGAAGGACUUGCCAUAGGAAAGGUAUCUGGCCAGGAACAGUCUACACGGGGACAAAGAAUUUUAUCUAUUCCAAUUUGGCCCCCAAACCUAGGUAUCUCACAGAACUGUGUGUAUGAGGUACAGCAGGUACCAAAAGUAGAAAAGACAGACAGUGAUCCGACACAAACACAGCUGGAUAAAACAGAAGUCCUAGCAACAGCUGAAAAGUUAUCUUCACAUUUACAGCACCAUUUCAGCUUGUCAUCUGUUUAUUCGCAUUAUUUUCCUGACACUGGAAUUCCAGAAGUGACCACCUGUCAUUCCCGAAGUGCCAUAACUGUGGAUUAUAUUUUCUAUUCUGGGGAAAAGAAAGAUGUUGCUGGGGAGCCAGGAACUGAAGUUGCUUUGGUUGGAGGCUUGAAACUUCUAGCUAGACUGUCACUUCUUACAGAACAAGACUUGUGGACUGUUAAUGGACUUCCAAAUGAAAACAACUCUUCAGAUCAUCUGCCUUUAUUGGCCAAGUUCAGACUUGAACUCUGACUCUUCUUUGAUUAUAUAUAUACUUUUCUUUGCAAUUUAUAUUCUUUUUCAAAGACUGUAAAGUUGUUCUUAAGAGUUUGCAUGUUGUUUAUUUUUGCGCCGUGGAGUUUCUGAAGAGGUUAUGUUAAAUGCUUGGAACUGAUAUCAGAGACACAAGUUUACAACAAUUUUCUGUUUUCAUAAUGAAAGAAUAUUUUCCUGACAAAUGAUAUCUAAAUGCUCUUUAUUGUAAAAUAAUUGUAAAUAUUUUUUAUUCUAAAUUCUAGUAAAAUAGACAGUGACUUUUAAAAAUAGUGCAUCUUUAAUCCUCUUAAUUCCAUUUCAUGUUUUUGGCAAGUUUUAUGGUGAAUCCCAAAGUGUCUUUGAGUUCUUGCAAACCACAACUCAUUUCCCUUCCAGAAGGCUUUAUUUCAUUGUGAGGACCAUAAAUUUGUUAAGUCCCAAUUAGUUAAUCUCAGAAAUCAUUGGGUCAUUUUCAAGUCUCCAACCAUUUCAAUGUGUUUUUGAGGGGGCUUGAUAAUGCUUUUUAAAAUUGUACAGAUUAUUUUAAUCCAUCUUGUUACUAUCCUGGGACAUGUAAUAUAUCUACAUUUUGUUGGGGUAAAAGGUCCCAUAAUUAGUGGGAUGAAGACUACACAAGCCCACUUUUCCAUCCUGUAACAGACAGACCAUUAAGGAGGCAGAUUGGGGUUAUGUCUUCAUUUCCCUAGCAAUUUUUUUUUCUUUUCUCUAUUCAGUUUCAAGAAAAGAUCUCUGGGUUAGGGAAGAUUUUAUUUUAGCGAACUAAUACUGUAGACAUUUAUUUUAUUAGGAAACUUGUCUUUGGAACAAAGUGGCAGCUAUAAGAUUAUUUUUGUUUUGCCUCAGAAAUUUGAGGAAGCCAGCAAAAAUCUAGUGGGUAAAUACCGACUUGGAGAUCUAAUAUUCUUUAGUAAUUUUAACUGUUUCAGUGUUUUGUUUCUAAAAUGUGUUUUAACAUGAUGUAGCAGUGUGAGAUAGUCCUGAUAUUUUUUAUGAAGUGGUUAAGAGCAGGUCUAAUAAUUCUGCAUUUGGCUCUAUGUGUUUGAAUCAAAAAUUUUAAACCAUAAAAAGAAAAUUUUCUCUUUUUUUUAGACAUGGUAAUCAAAGAAUUAUGUGUAUUUUUACCGAAUAAUUUUAUAUUGAAUUAUACUGAAUUAGUAAAGUUUUUACGGUGAGUUUUCUUAGUAUAAUGCUUCACUUUAAAUUAGAAAGCAGUAGUUACUUUAUAGUCUUGGACUUUAAAAGUUUCUGUAUUUUGUACUGCCAUUAU